UCCUGCCUUCUAAACCACAACUGCACCAUACACCCAACCACCCAACCACCCACCAACCCCACCACCGCAUAUUGGAUUCAAUUGGCAAGACCAACACCAGAAGUACAAAUGCAUGGACGAGGGGGGAGGGGGUGGAGUAGCGAUACCAACAAACAGCAAGCAGUAACUCACCCUUAAAUGGCUGAAACACCUCUGUAGAGGAGGUUAGCUGCUGCUUGCUGGCUCACAGCGUAGAAUGAAAACUCGCGGAUGGGCGGACGGACGAACGGACGAACGGCGGGCGGGCGAACAGUGGACGCAUUAACUAUUCUGAGUCGACAGUGAGACGGCUAACACAUACACGCGCACGCACACAUACAUAUGCAUACACAGACGCACACACACACAUAUGUAUAUAUAUAUUCAUAUGAGUGCAUGUAUGUAUGCGUAUGGUAUAUGAUGUCUGUAGAGUCGCGUGGCCCAUCCGCAUAGCCGCUUUAGCAGCAGUAGUGUUAGUGGUGCCGUGAUUAAAUCAUCGCCGCCACACUUUGCGCUCGCGAAAAACGAAAGUUAAGCUCUUCAAUACUAGUCCACCAACCAGCCAGAUGAAGUUAUAGUGGGAAUAAUAGCAGAGUUGACGACGGUAGUAGUAGUCAGCAAAAAAUAGCCAUCUUGUCGUUGCCGUUGUCAUUGUUAGCGCUGCGGUGCAGACAACGUUGGGACUAGUGAGUGAGUGAGUUUAGAAAAGGCAAGAAGACGACGCUUGCAUAUGUAGGGAAAAUUUCUAAAGGAUUGCAUUAAAAGUCAAAAAAAACAAAACUCUUAAAACUCAGCCGUGCAAGUUGUGUAAUUAUUGAAACGUUAGCGAAGAAAAAGUGAAAAAUUGUGCACAAAAUAAUUUACAAGCAAGUGAAAGACGGCGCGCAAUAAGAUAAGCAAUACAUGGAAGAAAAAGUGGCUACCAAAUCGCCACCACCACCACCACCACCACCCAGUUUCCUGCCAAACUUUUCAGCGUGUUCUGCAUGUCUUUGAAAUUUUAAAAAACUAACCAAGUACUUAGUGCAGAAACAGUUAUUAGUUGGUGACCGUUUUUUCACCAUCCUUUUCUCUCCAACUCCCCUCGACGCCAACGUGUCAUGAUGAAUUUCUCUGCGUUUGGUGGUCCGUUCUCCGGCAUACAUCAGUUUGCCGCAAAAUUUGGCCACGACACACAAGGUCCUCCGGGCGCUUUUGCCACGCCCACCGGCAUCAAUGGCAAUGCAGGCGGUGCAUCGUUAGGCGAUAAUCAUGUGCAACGCUAUCAGACGAAUGGCAAUCAUUUCAAUCAGAAUAUACCAAAUGUUUCGGCUGCCAAUAAUACAAUGCAAUACGGACAAAAUAUAUCCAUACCAUAUUCACAGCCACAAACCGAUUUGAAUUUUCUCAACUCAGCGGACCAUAAAGGAAAGAUACAUCCGAAGAUUGAGCGUGACCGUGAAGAAGACCGUUGACUACUCAUCGCAUUUGCUCUCAGCAACACUGCCAAUCUCAAUACAGCACUUCCUCAAAUAUUCCGAAACAAUAAAAAAGGAAUCCUCAGGUAUUGUCGGCUCACAAAUCAACUCAGGGAAUUUGAAUUUGGGCAAUUUGGAUACGUCACCAUCGGGUUUUAAGGGUGACGUCCUCAAGAAUGGCACCAAUUUAAGUCUUGCACUUGGCGGCGUCUCACUCGCCCCACCGUCCAAUCAACAGGCAAACGGCGCCACCCAUCACAAUGGUGGUAUUGUUGGCAUGGAUCAUGGCGGUCAUAUGACCAAUAUGACAGAUGCCACCAAUAAUGGUACCUCACUACAUCCGGGCAUAAAUGGUAAUGCCCAAAAUGCAAAUGUUAAUGGACAAGCCCAGAAUGUGCAACCCGCCACCGCUAAUGUUACGGUCACGAAUGGUAAUGCUGUAACAAGCAGUGCACCGGCUGGCGCCACGACUACCUCAACCGGUGGUACUACUACGACCACUGCCAAAAAGACCAGAAAGAAGAAGCCACCAAAGGAGAAGAAGCCACGCCCUAAACCGGGUGAGAUUCGUGAGAUCAAAGCAUUGGAUGGCUCUACGCUAUAUUGUUGCCCCGAAUGUCAGAUGGCCUAUCCGGAUCGUAGUCUAAUCGAACAGCAUGUCAUCUCGCAUGCAGUGGAACGACGAUUCGUUUGCGAUAUCUGUAAUGCGGCUUUGAAGCGUAAGGAUCAUUUGACUCGUCACAAAUUGUCACACAUACCGGAUCGACCACAUGUGUGCAAUAUUUGCAUGAAAUCAUUCAAGCGCAAGGAGCAAUUAACAUUGCAUAUUGUCAUACAUUCCGGCGAGAAGAAGCAUGUUUGCGUCGAGUGUGGAAAAGGUUUCUACCGCAAAGAUCAUUUGCGCAAGCACACACGCUCGCACAUUGCACGUCGCGUCAAGUCCGAAGUGUCGGCGCAGAAUGUCAAUGCCGGCAGUGGUAGCGGUAACAAUGGCCAGAAUAAUACGAUACAAGGUUCCUGAGGUUCGUACAAGGACUUUUGGUAAAUUUUCAAAGAAACUUCGCACCCAUGGACUGCGUUAUAUUGAAGUCAUCAACUGGCAUGCGCGCACCUACAUACAUACAUACAUACAUACUCGUAUCAAAGGUGUAUCGCAUAUUAGUUGGUGGCGUCAAUGUCUACGCAGUUUGAAGUUUCUCUGAAUGUUUACCAAAUGUCCUGCUGAGCCUUAAACAACGAUGGUAGGAGAUAGGAGGAGGAGGAGGUGAAAUACAAAAUCUGGCGGAAGAAAAAAGUGGCAGAAAUUAGAUUCUUUCGUACAUCUAAUUGGAAUACUUUUUUUUUUGAAAGUUUUGCAAUAUGGAAGCCGGUGAGAGAGUGAAUAGAGUUAAGAUUGAUGGUUUAGAGCAAAUCGCACAAAAUUACACGAAAGAAAUACAGCGUUCCGGCUGCAAGUGAACGCAGAUAAUAAUAACAACAACAACAACAACAACAACUAGUAAUAACUGAAACCGUUUAAUAGCAAUUUUGAUGUACAAAAUAUUUAUUUAAAAUAUGUAUGAAGUUAGGAAAAAAACAAAAACAAAAUAACGAAAAUGAACACAAGGAUACAUACAUAAUUAUUUAUAUACAUAUUUAUGCCGAUGAAAUUAUAGAAAAUAUGUACUUAAUUGUGUCACAAAUAACACGAACAACAACUCAUUUGGAAAAGAACGCGCAAACAAUUGUAGGCGGAUUUCCGCGCAUUUAUGUACAUAGAUACAUACAUACAUACAUACAUAUGCAUACUUGCACACAUACACACAUUGUAUGUAUGUAUGUGCGAGCAUUAUUUAAAGAAGCGAAAAGCUAAAAUAAUUUAAUAGUUUUGUAUUUAAAUUAUUUUGGAGGAUCUGUGAUCUUUUCUGGGUA